GCGAAAUCAGUGCACUUGGUCCGGUUACGGGACUGUGGUUUUUAGAAGGAAAGAAAAGGGAUAGAUAGAGUUAAAGCAACCUUCUGCAUGAGCCUCGAGGCAAAGUUAGUUGUGCUAGGCACUCAAGGCGUUGGCAAGACUUCACUCGUAGUCCGCUAUGUAAACAACACCUUUGACCCAGCCUCAGCCUCAACAAUCGGCGCUUCAUUCCUGGCGAAAAAAGUCAUAAUAGACGACUCUCUCGUCCGCCUACAAAUAUGGGACACCGCCGGCCAAGAACGCUACCGCUCAAUUUCCAAGCUUUACUAUCGCAGCGCGAACUGCGGCAUACUUUGCUACGACAUAACUUCCCUCGCGUCCUUCGAGGCGAUGCACUCCUGGUUGUUGGAGCUGAAGAAGAACGUGAACGGGAACAUCAUCAUACACAUCGUCGGCACCAAGGCGGACCUAGUAAAUGCCGAGCCGAGUCGGCGGGAGGUACCAUUUGAAAGGUGUGUGUCGUAUGCUGCUGAGCAUCUUAGUGAGGAGGAAGGCUUCGCUAUAGGGGGCGGGGGAGGGGGGGGGAGGGGGUGGGGUGGGAUGGAUUGCUGUCAUGAGAUUAGUGCUAGGGAUGAUCAGGGGGUAGAUGAAGUCUUCCAGGUGAUCGCCCGAAAACUCGUCGAACGGCGGGCGGACAUCGAGCGGGAGCGCGCCUUCGGAAGUCAGGAUCUGUACACGCGCAGCAGGAACGCCGGCGUAGAGCCCAACGCAGCAGGAGCGGAGAAGAGCAAGGGUGGAAUGUGCUGUUAGAAACCUUUCCCUCCUGUUAUUGCGAUUCUCAACCUCUUGUGUGAUACCAUGAUUUGUUCCCCCCCUUUUUCUGCCGUCCUUUUCUUCUUUCUCCGUUCCACAUUUGUUGUUAUUGGCACUCAGCGGGUUACCCCCACUCUUCCCUGUUCACCACCUCUUUCACCUUUCCCCUCGUUUAACUCGUCUUGUUUGCGGUUUACGCGGUAGCGAUUGCGUUCGGUAAUUUCAGUAUGACCACUCCUUCCCUCUGUCCCCUGUUUCAUCCCAACUUUAAUAUAGCAUUCAUGAUACAUCACUCGCUAGAUACAAAGUAAUUAAUCAAUCAUUUGGCAUCA